AUGCCGUGGAAAGCAUCUCAGUGUGAGAGUAAACGCAAUGCAGAUGGAGAGGACGGGCGGGAAAUCAGCGGUUGCGGCUGCUUACCCCUCGUGGGUUGCUUCUCCCGGCAGAGUAGUGCGCGACGCACUCCACGGCCAAGGGGAAAAGGAAAACUGGGCGUGCAGCAGCCGCGAUGCGCCGCUGGUGGGGCCAUUAACAUCUACCAAGCGGUGGCGGAAGCCGAGUCGCCUAACGGCAGCAGCAAUCUCAUCGUGUGUUCCUACUCCAUCCAGCACAUUCUGCUGGCCCUGCUGCUGGGCGCCCGCGAUCCCCUACGCGGCGAUCUCCUGGCGCUGCUGUGCCCCGACGGGCGCAGUAUCGAUGACGUCAGCGCGGCGUUAUCCUGCAUCGCCAGUGACGCGGCGUUCCAGCAAGUCAACGCGGUCUUGUACAGUCAACUCUUCACGCUGAGACAGUCGUUCCAAGACGCCAUGCUCAACAAAUCCGAUGUGGUGUUUGUGCCUGUGGAUUUUCACAACACAGCUGCCGCCCGGGCGGCGUACGCGGAGUUUUUGAAAACGUAUGCCAGCCGCGAUAUGGCCGACCGCCUGCCGGUGGGCGACAUGCGCAGCGUUCUGGAAAAUCGUCUAACCAGUUUGGUGCUGAUUAAUUUGCUGACCUUCUCCGCGCCGUGGGCGAUUCCGUUUAAUGAAGAAUACACCCGCGACGACAUGUUUAUCUGCCUGGACGGCAGUCUGAAGAGGGUCCCGUUUAUGGUGUCCAUGAGCACGACGUGCGCGUCGUUUAACGUCAAGAAGAAGACCGCCGCGACAGAUCCGCAGAUGGUGAUUAUGGCGGCCGGCGACAAGCGGUACAGCGUCAUGUGUAUUCUACCGGCGGCCGCGGGCGGGGAGGCACUGCGGCAGCUGGAGAGGAGUCUCACGGCGGAGAUUCUCCGCGGCUGGCGCAAGCAGAGCGGGCGCUAUAAAAUAACGCUGUCCGUGCCGAAAUUGCGGGUUAAAUGCCAGCUGGAGCUGGAGCGCGGCAUGAAGGCGCUGGGGCUGGCUGAGCUAUACUCGCACCGCACCGCCACCGGCUUCUCCGACAUGUUCCAGGAGUGUCCGCCGCAGGUUGCUAUCGCGUUCCAGCACAACGUGGUGUUCGAAAUGGACGAGCGCGUCCGGUCGAGCGUGGCCACCGUGGCCGCGGACCUGUGGCAAAUUGCGGCCGCACCGGAAUCCGGGUGGCGGACACCCGGGUAUCCGAGUGGGACCCGUCUGUCGCCGCCACUGGUGGGCAGUGCCACGCCCAGCCCGUCAUUAUUAUUAGAAUUGCUAUUAGAACAUUGCUAUGAACAUGCUAUGAAGCAUUGUUAUUAG